AUGGCCUGCAUCUCGCUCAACGUGGUCGGCCUGCACAUCACGACGGGCCGGACGCUGUGGGCGCUGGCCCGCGACGGCGCCGCCCCCUUGCCGGCUUUUCUGGGCCGCGUCAACCGGCGGCUCGACGUGCCGGUCAACGCGACGCUGACCUCGGGCGUGCUGGUCACGCUCCUCGGGGUGCUGUACGUCGGCAGCACGACCGCCUUCAACGCCUUUGUCGGCUGCUUCAUCCUCAUGUCCAGCAGCUCGUACCUGGCCGCCAUCCUGCCGAACCUCGUGACGGGGAGGCGGAACAUUCAGUACGGGGUGUUCAAGCUCAAGGGGUGGGUUGGGUUUGCGCUGAACGGGGUGGCGUGCGCGUACAUGGUGGUCUGGUUUGUCAUUUACUGCUUCCCGUUCUCGCUGCCCGUCGAUGAGAAGAGCAUGAAUUAUGCUAGUUUGAUCUGGGGCGGAACGACGAUCCUGGCGGGCCUUUGGUGGGUGUUUGGAGCGAGGCAUGGGUACCAGGGUCCCAAGACUACGGGUGGUAUCACGGUCGAUGUCAUGGAGGCCGAUCGCGGGGAGGUCGAUGUCGUUCCUGGGCAGCAUAGAUAAUGACGGGAUGUGGCCGCUGAAAAACCAAGUAGCUUAGAAUGUUGCAAAACUCCCAUCGCGGAAGUGAUCCAGUAAAAUCAGUAAAAUAGUCG